UACUUGGAGCCACACUCGCUGAUUGCUCAGUUAACGCUAAGCUCAAACCACGAAUCAUGUCCAGCGUCCCAUGCCUUACUAAUGGCCUCCUUUGACCCGUUAAGUAGUGGUGAUGUUUCACAAUCCUGUUAAUUAUACCCUGUUCAAGGUUUUGAUGACCUUUUUCGUGACGCUUUUCCUGGGACAUUGUUAAGUUAAAGGCAGACAAGUCCGUCGACGGCUUUUCCUCCACUCAAGCAAGGGCGCUUCAUGUGGGAAAUGGCCCUUGCGAGCCCUCCUCGACUCGACCUCGGUGGACGCAACAAUUCCUCCAGGCCGGUGAGUAGAGGCACAAGACCUCGAAGGAAAGGACGCUUUUAUUGUCUGACAUUUGUUCCGACAUAAACUUGAUGAUACAUUAGUGUGCCAGAAGGAUCUCGGCAAAACAGACACCCGCCCAAGAUCACGUGGAGCCUCACUGAAUAUGUUAGUGACUGACCAAAUAAAGGUGGUUCAAUAAGUGUCAGCGUCUGACCCCUAAGAAGAUCAUAAGUGACAGGGGGAUACAUGUAAUAGCAAAUAAGUGACUGAGAGACACGGAUGAUCAUCCAUCGGUGGUGUCUUUCUUCAGCUUGUUUGGAAGCAAAAUUUCCCCGUCAGACACAUCCAUUUAUUCUCCUCACACAAACAUUGACUAUCAUCCUCAAGAACGCACCUACGUAAGUAGGUAGUAUAUCCAAAGGGAGCGGAGGGGCGAGUCCAAUCUUGGGGAGGUUUUUUUAGCGUUUCCUUCCUCCCUCAACCGGUGAAGAGAGACAGAGGAAACGCAGAAAGGGGGACCUGUGCCAUGUCUUGACUUCAAUAAACGUGAAAGAAAAAUGGAAUAUAUGUCAUUGGAAGUGAGAAAAUGGGGUUCCUCUGACUGUCUAUUCUGCGCUGGGUGUUCCCUGAUUUAAAGAACAGCGGUGAAAGACGAAGAAGAAGAGGGAACCCAGAGACACGAACCAUCACCUCCUCCUGGCAGCCAUAUUAGGAUCGCACGAAGUGGAACAUUGGGAAAGAAGAAACUCUUUGGAUGAUCCCACAUAGUUCUGGCUUCAGUCGUGCCAACAAUGUGAGACGCUGUCGAAUGGUAAUGCAUCUAUUCAAGUCAAGUGUGAUGGAUAUUACAACAGUUGCUCGAAAUCAAGCACUUGGAGCGGAUUAACUUGGGGAGGGGCUCGAAAAGCUCGAGUUCACCCACCAACUUCACUGGAACUUGGUUCCUCGACCAGCCGUGGAAGUGCUCUUAUGUGUCGGAGGAAGGUACUUCACUUUUCGUAUCUUGAGGUGAAUGAGAUGCCAUGCCCUGGCACUUUUUGCCAUCUGCCUCAUCAGAACUAUCAUCCCAUCAAGAGCUCGUGCUUCUUUGGAGCAUGAAAGACCACUUUUUGAAACGAAAACAGCUGUCAGCAAGAUGAAACAUUGGCUCAAUCUUGGGAUGCCUUGGGUUCUCGUGGUGGUUUGGGGAGUGUUGCUUCAAGUCACUUCUUUGGAGAGUGUCGUGGAACCAUUUGAACGAGGGCAGGCAGGAAAGAAGGCUUUUUCAGACACCCGAACCAUAACUACUACCACCACCACCACUAUUACUGCUACUUCCACAAUGACGAUGAUAGUCACGACAACCAUCUCGUCCAAUGAGGUGAGUGGCGUCCUGCCCCCACCAGAUACCCUGGGAGAUUUGGAUCUCUUGACAGAGGAACGCCUCCGAGAGCGUUGGAACAAAUUCAUGCUGGAACGCACCCGGCCCAUGGAGUUUAACAAUUCCAUCACUUCUCCCCAGCAGAUCCACACGGUGCGAGAUAAAUCUCUUUUCUUAUCGUGUGGCUUCAACCGCGAGCUGACAGGCCGACUCCGGAUCAGCUUCAUGCGGAUUCAGGACCUCAAUUUAUUGGCCGUGAGCAAGAAACUGCACUCACUGGAUCCGCGAAUUGAAAUCAUUAAUUCCCUCGAGUCGCCCCAAAUCUGGACGCUCAAAUUGAAUCGCAUGCGAGCCAGUGACAGUGGCUUGUAUGAGUGCCAAUUGAACACGCAGCCCAAGACCCUCCGGCGAAUUUUCAAUGUCACUGUGAUAGAGGCUCGCAUUCACAUCCAACCGGCUGACAAUGUCACUUAUCUGAACGUGGGCUCCCGGUUGAAGCUCUCGUGCUUCGUGGACUCGGGACCACUCAAGCCCCAGUACAUGCUCUGGUACAGAAAUGAUAAGAUCAUCCAAUAUUCCGAGGACAUUAGCGCCCGGGUUCUGGCCCAAGUGGGCCUCAACAAUCGCACCCACCAUCGAAGUGACAUGAUCAUAGACAAUGUCCACGAGUCCGACUCGGGUGAAUAUCGUUGCAGCUCAGACUUAACGGAUCAAGAGGCCAGAAUCACGGUCUAUGUCGUCAGAGAGGACUCCAAGAGCCUCCACGGGGGCGGCAAUCAGAAGGAGCCCGUCGGCAAUUACGAGACUCGAGACUCGCAAAUGAUCACCAGCGGGGGAUCACAAUUGGCUCGCACACCCACUUGGGUCCUCAUGGUUCCAAGUAUUACUCUCGUUUGGCGUAUCGUCCCAACCUAGUGGAACACGGUCGGUGUCACACAUGGUGAAUGAUGGAACUUCUUCCAAUGAAAGUGACGGCGGGGAAUAAGUGAAAGUUGAUUCGAUAACCAGUGCUGAUGACUUGAGAGCUUCAUGUUGUCCCAUCGAAAUUGCCCCUCCCCGGUCUCUUUCCUCGCCCCUGAUUACUCCCACUCCUCCUGUUCCACCUCCUUCUCCCUCAAGGUCGGUCGCAUUUCUUGGUCCGCUUGGAAAAAAUGGAAUGCUCCGUUUUGAUGUCUCUGGGCCACACACAUCGAAUCUACACUUUGCAUGAUCGUGUCCUUUCCAAGUACAAGUACACUACAUAUUACAACUACCACUACUACUACUACUACGACUACAACAACAACGAUGACAACAUUCCUAUGAGCCUUUUUUCCUAUCAUAAAGUAGAAAUGACGAAAUAAAACUCGAGGAAUGUUUUA